GGCCCCAAAGCAAGCAACUGCCAUAAAUGCAAGCGGCUGCUCCUUCCCUGCAAGGGCAAUGUCUGCUGUGUGGCUACACGUUGGACAAUGUGGCAAUCAGAUUGGCGAGGAGUGGUGGCAGAUCCUAACCAGGGAGAAUGUGCCGCAUGCAGAGGCUGAUCGACAUCCAUUCUGCUCCCCCGAUGGAAAGCUAAGCGCUACCUGCGUGGACAGCGAACCCAAAGUGGUGAGGAAGCUGCAGAAACACGUCAAGAGCGGCUCUUUCAGGGAGAACAAUCUUAUCGUGGGGAAGCGAGGAAGAGGCAACAACUGGGCUUAUGGAUACCACGGCCCGCACUCAGCCAGCGAGAAGAACCUCCGAGAAAGGACGAUGGAGAGUCUGCGGAAGGAGGUCGAGCGCAGAGACUGUUACUGUGGGACGGUGCUUUUCCAUAGCCUCAGUGGUGGUACAGGAGCUGGCCUCGGUUCCCGGCUGUGUGAAGCGAUCCGAGACGAGUACUCCCUGGGUCAGAUCCUGUCGGUGACGGUAGCCCCGCACCAGGCUGGCGAGAGCCCUCUGCAGCACUACAACUCCUUGCUGUGCCUUUCGUGGCUCCAGCGACAUGUCGCCGGCGUCCUCCUGUUCCAGAACGAUGCCGUGCUGAGGAGGACGGCAGCCCUGCUUGGGAAGAAAGCGCCAGUGUCUGACAUGCAGCCUCAGGUCUCCCUCUCCGCCAUGAACACCUACGUCGCUUCCUGCCUUGCUGGGCUGCUUUACCCGCUCAAGGCUUUCACGACAGGAAGUGGGAUCAGCAUGGGGAUGGAACCGUGGGAGCUGCUGAGGUCUGUCUGCCCCAUGACGACUAUGAAAUUCCUUCACAUAGCUCAAGCCUGCAAGAGGGGGACGGUAUUUUGGGACAGCUUGGCAUCGUCUGUUGUGCACUCAUUGCCCCGUGAGUCUCACGCAGGACAGCCCCUUCAUUGUAGCGCCUCUGUGCUCGCUGUAGCCCGCAGCUACCAAGAGGACACCUUUCUUCUGUCCCGUGACUCGGUGCUGAGGAAGUUGAAGCAAGCUUACCGCUGCGUUCCUUGGAACCCCUUCCCUCUCAGCUGCUGGACAGACUCUCUCAACAUCGUGGAGCCCGGAUGUCACAGCCACUCGCUGACCAUCUGCGCCAACCACGGCAGCUCAGCGGAACUCCUGCAGCAGGUGGUAGCCAGAGCAGAGGCCAUGUACAAGACCAACGCCUACCUCCACUGGUACUGGCGAUACGGCUGCGAGGAGGCGGAUUUCCAGCAGGCCUUCGAGACGCUCUGCUCAGUGGCAGAUGAUUACAGCCGGCUGGGAGAAUAACACUGUCUGCUUUGGCACUUCCAGGCUGCUGGCUGUCAGCCUUCCUCCUGAGAGCCCGGAGAACCUCCAGGAAAGAUCGUGCCAAGGUCUCUGGGAAAGGGGUGGUUCUGCAUUGAGGGGGAUGCUGCUUUAAAUCAAUACUGUGACACAACACCAGGCAAAUAGAAUCGCUUCUCAGCUGGUGGGGUGUGAGUGUGUGCAAAACAGACUGUGGGCUCGACUGUCUCUUGGUCCAUGGGCCCAUGCAGGGGUGAUAGGGAGAGUAAGAUCCCUUUGUGCCCCUGCACAGGCUACCCAGACCUUGUAUAGAGGAAUAAGGGGGUGAACCAACCCCACCCAAUGAGUAGAUGGGUGGGGAAGGGCUCCCACCCGCCCAGGGCCAGCCAGCAUCGCAGGGGUAGUAAUUUACUGUUGGUUUGGAUUAGCAGCAAGUUGGUAUGCCCUGGAACAAAGGGGAGUCGUAGAGGAAUCAUGCCUUUGCUUCUGGAGGACAGAGGGCAUGUGGCAAGGCCACCAAGAAAGCCUAUACACGUACCACCCGGACAUGCCUUGCCUCAGAAGAUCUCGCCCACUUUGGGAUGGUGACAUAAGGCUCUUGGGGAUCUAGGGUAUGGGUCCUUCUCCUUAGCGUUGAGCUAAAGCCAAAUCCUACUUACCUUCCAUAGAGGGGGAGCCACCCUGCAUGACAAAGGGGAACAGGUUUUGGUCCCUAAUCUGGUCCCUGGAAAACCAGAGGCAGCUAAAGCUACGAACAGGCAGGGUUACAAAGCAGAGAGAUUGAGCAGGUAAUUAGAGGGCUGAACAAAACCCUGAGCAGAUUUAUUCAGGGAGAAGACUACACACUAGUAAAGACCUGACUCAUCUCCACUUGUACAGCCAGGCAAGAGACGCGGUUACAACGUGGUUGCAAUUUGGCCUGUAGACAGGACCUCAGAUGUUCCUUAACCAGGCUAAAGCCUUGGACACGUUCCAUAGGCAAUGUUUGGGGACAGGCAGGGGCAAACCUCACCCUUCCAUUGGGGCAUGUGACAGAGCGCCUCCUGCAGGUUUUACAAGGACCCUGUUAUUUAAUGUUGU